AUGUGCUCUGCUGCCUGCUGCUCCACAGGAUGCUGCUCCGUGGUGAAGACCAAAACUGUCUGCUGCAGCCCCUGCCAGCAGCCCUGCUGCUGCGACCCGUGCCAGAAGGUCUGCUGCGACCCGUGCCAGAAGGUCUGCUGUGAGCCAUGCCAGCAGUGUUGUGACCCCUGCCCAAAGGUCUGCUGUGACCCGUGCCAGAAGCCCUGCUGUGACCCAUGCCAGGUCUGCUGUGACCCGUGCCAGAAGCCCUGCUGUGACCCAUGCCAGGUCUGCUGUGACCCCUGCCAGAAGCCCUGCUGUGACCCAUGCCAGGUCUGCUGUGACCCAUGCCAGAAGCCCUGCUGUGACCCGUGCCAGAAGCCCUGCUGUGACCCAUGCCAGGUCUGCUGUGACCCGUGCCAGAAGCCCUGCUGUGACCCGUGCCAGAAGCCCUGCUGUGACCCAUGCCAGGUCUGCUGUGACCCGUGCCAGAAGCCCUGCUGUGACCCGUGCCAGAAGCCCUGCUGUGACCCAUGCCAGGUCUGCUGUGACCCCUGCCAGAAGCCCUGCUGUGACCCAUGCCAGGUCUGCUGUGACCCAUGCCAGAAGCCCUGCUGUGACCCGUGCCAGCAGUGCUGUGACCCAUGCCAGAAGCCCUGCUGUGACCCAUGCCAGGUCUGCUGUGACCCGUGCCAGAAGCCCUGUUGUGACCCGUGCCAGAAGCCCUGUUGUGACCCGUGCCAGGUCUGCUGUGACCCAUGCCAGAAGCCCUGCUGUGACCCAUGCCAGCAGUGCUGUGACCCGUGCCAGAAGCCUUGCUGUGACCCGUGCCAGCAGUGCUGUGACCCGUGCCAGCAGUGCUGUGACCCGUGCCAGAAGCCUUGCUGUGACCCGUGCCAGCAGUGCUGUGACCCGUGCCAGAAGCCCUGCUGUGUCCCGUGCCAGAAGCCCUGCUGUGUCCCGUGCCAGCAGUGCUGUGUCCCGUGCCCACCACCCGUCUGCUGCACCAAGGUGUGCCAGAAGUCCGUCUGCUGCUGCGGGCAGCGUCCCUGCUGCUGCGGCUGCCUGUCCUGCUGCUCCUACGUGGUGAAGAAGCCUGUGCUGGUGUGCUGCAGCCCCGCACCCUGCUGCCCCGCCACCAAGUGCUGCAUCCCCAUCCAGCAGUGCUGCGCCAGCAUCAAGAAGCGCUGCUGA